AUGACAACUAACGACAGUGAGGCAGGCCUGCGCGUAAUCUCCGCGGGAACGGGUUCAGCUGUGCGGCUGCCAGGUCCGGCGAUCGACAAGCCUAACGUUUAUCGCUUCGGGACACCAUAUGACUACAUCUACAAGGACCUUGAGUCCAAGGAUCCGAAACUAUAUGCAGCCAACGGACUGCUGCCGAUGCUGGAUCGCAACCGCAAGGUCAAGUUAGCUCCGGAAAAGUGGCAGGAGCAGCGCGCGGUGCUCGCGGACGUUGUCAUCACCUGCGAGGAGCGUUGCUACGAUGCGGUAUGCGAAGACAUGCUCGCGCGUGGGGGAGAAUACAAUCGCCCGAUUCAUGUCAUCAACGUGGAGAUCAAGGACAACCCGGAGGAAGCGCACAUUGCGGGCAAGUCGAUUCUGGAAUUGUGCCAGAAGAUUGAGACGGCGCGUGACCUCGACGCCCAGAUUGAUGACAUUCUGGUUGCCCACGCGGAGAAGCACCCCCACGCCCUUUUGCACACUGUCACGUUUUUCUGA